AGCCUGCGCGGGGGCCGCGCCAACCCCUCCCUCUUCCCCAGCCUGGCCGCGCGGGGCAUCCGCCGGGUGCAGAUCCUAUCGCUGCGGCGCAGCUUGAGCUACGUGAUCCAGGGCAUGGCGGAGAUCGAGAGCCUCAACCUGAGCGGCUGCUACAACCUCACCGACAACGGGCUGGGCCAUGCCUUCGUGGCGGAGAUCAGCUCCCUGCGCGCGCUGAACCUCAGCCUCUGUAAGCAGAUCACCGACAGCAGCCUGGGUCGCAUCGCCCAGUACCUCAAGGGGCUGGAGGUGCUGGAGCUGGGGGGCUGCAGCAACAUCACCAACACCGGCCUCUUGCUCAUCGCCUGGGGCCUGCAGCGCCUCAAGAGCCUCAACCUGCGAUCCUGCCGCCACCUCUCCGACGUGGGCAUUGGGCACUUGGCGGGCAUGACCCGGAGCGCGGCAGAGGGCUGCCUGGGGCUGGAGCAGCUGACCCUGCAGGACUGCCAGAAGCUCAGUGACCUCUCCCUCAAGCAUCUGGCCCGGGGUCUCACUCGCCUGCGCCAGCUCAACCUCAGCUUUUGUGGGGGGAUCUCAGAUGCAGGGCUGCUGCACCUGUCACACAUGAGCAGCUUGCGCACGCUGAACCUACGCUCCUGCGACAACAUUAGUGACACAGGAAUCAUGCACCUGGCCAUGGGCAGCUUGCGCCUUUCAGGCUUGGACGUCUCCUUCUGUGACAAAGUCGGAGACCAAAGCCUGGCCUACAUUGCACAGGGCCUUGAUGGGUUGCGCUCUCUCUCCCUUUGCUCUUGCCACAUCAGCGACGAGGGCAUCAACCGCAUGGUGCGCCAGAUGCACGGACUGCGCACCCUCAACAUUGGCCAGUGUGUCCGCAUCACUGACAAAGGCCUGGAGCUUAUCGCUGAGCACCUUAGUCAGCUCACGGGCAUUGACCUCUAUGGCUGUACCCGCAUCACUAAAAAAGGUCUGGAGCGCAUCACCCAGCUGCCCUGCCUCAAGGUGCUCAAUCUGGGACUCUGGCAAAUGACUGAGAGUGAAAAAGUAAGGUGAGAGGAGGGGACACCCGGAGCGCCCCAUCCCUCUGGAGGGAUUCACCAACUGACUGCUGCGGUAGAGAAAAGUGGAGGGGGAGGGUAGUCCUCCAAGGGGGGAGGGAGGGAAGGGAAAGUAUCUUUGCUACUUGCCCGCCUGCCCUACCUCUGUGCCCUAGCAAUGGAGGUGGGAGAAGGGGGGACCAUAUUUUUUUCAUAAGUCCUUCCUUCCUUCCUCUGAAUCAGAGGGAGACAACUGCACUCUACAGCAGCCGUCCCUGUGGGUGGAUACAGUAUCACUUUUAUUGGGAAUGCAGCUUCUCAAUCGUUUAUGCACUGGGGACGGAUGCAGCCCCUUUCUUCAAACCUGAUUUCACUUAUUUCUGCACUAGGGAUAAAAGAAGAAUCCUAUCCUUGUUUAUUUUCAUGAAGACCUGCCCUUUACUGGGCAAAUAAAGUCUCUUCCUGUCCUAGUCCCUUUCUCCUACGCUCGUCCAUCAACUCCCACAAUGCUUUUUGUAGUGAGCCAUCCCUUUUGUAACGUGGGCAACCUGUAGAUAACAAAUUGACUUGGACACUGCCUUACACCAAGUCAGGCCAUUCGUCUCUCUAGCUCAUACUGACUGGCAGAAAUCCUCCAGUCUCAAAAGGACAGUCUUUCCUGGCCCUAUUGUUCUACCUCUUCUAAACCCUAGGACCCUUGGUUUUUUGCCCCCCGCCCCCACAUUUCUGCUUUUUCCCAGUUUGUUAGAAACAUCAAGUCUUUUACUGAGAAGUGACGCUUUUUUGAAAUGCCACUGUAAUUGGAGUGUUAACUAGAAUGUGUGUUCGCUUUGCUCAUUGUUGGUUAGAGGGCCACCACAUUUUCUCCACAAACUCAUUUUAUGCUGUAUCCAACCCACAUCAUCACCAUCUUUCCUUUGCUGCUGGAACCAUUACAAAGUUGAAUCAUCUUUUUACUUUUUAUGUUUCUGUGGCUUUUUCCCCUCCUACUUAUUUCAUCUUUUGGGGAGCGGGGAUUUAAAAAUAUAAAUAAAUAUAUAUAUAUGCCACAAUUUCAUUUUUUGGAGGAUUGGAGGCAGAGUGACGGAAUUAACAUUAGAAAUGCAACAAAAUGCCUUCUACUACCUUCUCUCGCCCUUUAUACCUUAGCUGUUUUAUUUGUUCUCUUAUCCUCUUCAUACAUGGAAUAAGUUUGAAGACAGCUGAAGUGGCUAUUUUGUGGAUUUUAAGUACUUUUUUCCUUGCUCAGUAUAUUAUCACAACAUAACAUUUGGCUACCUCGGGUUUGGUUUGGGUUUUUUUUGUUUGUUUUUUGUUUUGUUUUGUUUUGUUUUUUUCUCCUCCAAUGUUGGAAUUUUUAUGAGAAAGUUGAGACUGAAAUAUGUUGUGCCUAGACUGGAAAGAUUUUCCCUGGGGUUUAUGAUUUGGAGGGGGAAAUAGGAAGAGGAGAAGGAAAAGUGACUGGGGAUUUUUGCUCCCUGCCUGUCACCUAUAAUCUUAAUGCCUCUUCCUUUUUGACUGAAGUUUUGGAGACCCACCAGUUCUUUUGUGUUCUCACUCUUCUAGCACAAACACCGGGAUGUCCAAAUUAGUGAUUGGGCAAUGAUUAAAGAAAUGUGAAAGUAGGAACUCGUUUCUUUAAAUAUAUGCAAAUUCCUACCUUCCCUUCUCAAAUUACUUAGAUCAAAUAGGUAAGUUCCUGUAAGGAAGUGCCCAAAGAGGAGCAAGCAGAACAGACUGACUUGCCGUUGCAACAUGAAUGGGAAAAAGUCAAUUUCAAGUCAACUUUUAUUCUGUCUU